GGGCGCGCCGUGGUUCGUCGCCGUAGACCCUCGUGAUACGACAGGCCCUGAUCAUCCGGCGAGAUGAACGCCUUCAGGCUCGCCGGGGACAUGACGCACCUCAUGAGCGUCCUCGUCCUCCUGCUCAAGAUCCACACCAUCAAGUCCUGCGCCGGUGUUUCCUUGAAGACACAAGAGUUAUAUGCUCUUGUUUGCUACUUGGAUUUGUUUACAAGCUUCAUAUCACUGUACAAUACGGCUAUGAAGCUGAUUUUCCUGGGUAGCUCAUUCUCAAUUGUUUGGUAUAUAAGGCGCCACAAAAUGGUCCGUAGAUCAUAUGAUAAGGAGCAUGACACAUUCCGACAUCAAUUUAUUGUUCUACCAUGUAUUCUCUUGGCCUUGCUUAUACAUGAGAAGUUUACUUUCAAGGAGGUGAUGUGGACAUUUUCUAUUUAUCUAGAAGCCGUUGCCAUUCUUCCUCAACUCGUACUACUACAGCGUACAAAAAAUAUUGAUAAUUUAACUGGGCAAUACGUUUUCUUCCUAGGUGCAUACCGAGCAUUGUACAUUCUCAACUGGGUUUACCGCUACUUCACGGAGCCACAUUAUGUACACUGGAUAACUUGGAUAGCAGGAUUCGUGCAGACAAUGUUGUACGCAGAUUUCUUCUAUUAUUACCUCAACAGUUUGAAGAACAAUGUGAAUCUCACUCUGCCAGCUUGACAGUAUGACUUGGCUGGCCCUCUAUCAGACGAUAGAAAAUGUGUCUCUUUCCUACAAGAGCCGAGAGGUGUAAAAUAGCAUUUGUCAAAAGUGUGAUGGGGUUCGAUGUCACAUGACUGCAUACAUUUAUUAUUGGAUUUUGGAAAUCUUAUGUAUAGAAUCAACUGUACAUUAAAUGGACAACAUUAGGCCAUUGCACAAUGGAGAGAUGGUGAGUUGUUAA